CAAAAAACACGAGAACGAUGAACAAGACACUCUUGAUCGCCUUUUUAAUUGCCUUGUUGAGUAUUGCUGUUAGCGUCUUUGCACAAACCGCAACACCAACAACAACUCCAGCCUUGGCUACUCAACCAAAGACUAUUCAAAAUAUUGUGCAAGUUGUUAAUGCUACACUCAACGCUGUUGAAGGAAAGAACCAAAAGUCAAAGGUUCAAUUUUUGAGAGGCAUGUUGAAGCAAUUGAAGGAACUUGGAUUGAUUAAAAGAAACUCUGAACAAGAUAAAUUCAAUUUGGAAGAAGCUACUAUUAUUAUGAAUAAGAUGGUUGCUGUUUCAAAGCAUCUUGCUCAAUUGAAGAAGGACGGAAAGGCUGAAGAUUUAAAGACUUACAUUGCUGAUUUAAAGACAUCUACUAAUUUUGCUACUGGUGUCAGAUUGAUCAGAGCUAUCUUGAGAAAGAUUUACAGAAAGAAUAUCAGAGCUCUUGCCAGAAAGAUUAAAGCUGCUGCUAAGAAGUCUGCUUCAUCAAAGAAAUCAAAGAAGGUCACCAAGGCCAUCAGAAGAAACAACAAGAGAAAGUGUGCUGCUCCAAAGAAGAGAGUUGUUAAGAGAAAGUGUGCUGCUCCAAAGAGAAGAAGAGCUCCAAAGAGAAAGAUCGUCAGAAGAAGAAGAUGUGCUCCAAAGAAGAGAAUUGUCAAGAGAAAGGUCAGAAAGUGUGCUGCUCCAAAGAGAAGAGCUCCAAAGAGAAAGUGUGCUGCCCCAAAGAGAAAGGUCAGAAAGUGUGCUGCCCCAAAGAAGAGAGUUGUAAAGAGAAAGUGUGCUGCUCCAAAGAGAAGAUCUGUUAGAAGAGCCCCAAGAAGAGCUCCAAGAAGAAGAGUUGCCCCAAGAAGAAGAGCUCCAGUCAGAAGACAAAGACCAGCCAGAAGACCAAGAAGACAAUCUAGAAGACCAGCCAGAAGACAAAGACCAGCUAGAAGACAAAGAAGAUUCGGUAGAAGACCAUCCAGAAGACAAGCUAGAAGACAAAGAUUCGGUAGAAGAUUCCCAAAUAAGAGAAAUAGAAGAUACAGAAGAGCUCCAAGAAGAUCUGCCAGAAGACUCUCUAGAAAUGAAAGAAGAUAAAUCUAGUAAAAACUAAUAUUUAGGUCAAAAA